AUGUCAGGAGACGAUGCUGCAGUGUUUAAGCCAAAUGCACGGGUGCUAGCUUAUCAUGGACCGCUAAUUUACGAAGCUAAGGUGAUAAAAAUUCAUGAAAAAAAUAAGACGUUUAUUGAAGAUGGAGAAGGAAAGCACCAACCUAUUGAAGGAGGUAACUUACCCGAAGAAUACUACAGCGUGAACGCGUAUUUUGUGCAUUAUAAAGGAUGGAAGGCCAAGUGGGAUGAAUGGGUUGGACCAGACAGAAUAUUGGAAUACAAUGAGGCCAACGUCCAAGCACAAAAAGAAUUAAAAGAACAACUUACGAAGGCAAAGAUUAAACCUAAGGUCAAGGCAGAGCCCGCGGUGGCAUCAACAGGUACUAAGAAAAGAGGCAUGCCUGUUUCUAGUGCCUCCACAGUCACUAAGAAAAAGAAGACAGACCCCAAUCGUGUCAACGAAGUUUCUAUUUUUAUGAAGCCCGAGUUGAAGUAUAUCUUGGUGGACGACUGGGAAUUUAUCACCAAGGAAAGAAAGAUAAUAAACAUACCCAGCUCGCGACCGGUGACAGUUAUACUCAACGACUAUUUACAAUCCAAGAAGGACCAGGAUACCAGCCACCAGACAAUGGACGUGAUAAAUGAGAUAAUGCAAGGGUUAGAGUUGUACUUCAACAAGUCUCUAAGCUUGAUUUUGCUCUACAAGUUUGAAAGAUUACAAUACAUGAAUCUCCUUAAGGAACAUGGGGACGACUUGCGGCCGUCUGAAUUAUACGGAGUCGAACACUUAUUAAGGCUCUUUGUAGCAUUACCGGGGUUAAUUGCCCAAACUACUAUGGAUUCCGUGAGUAUCAAUGUGUUAGUCAAGCAGAGUAAGGAUAUACUCGAGUUUAUAACUGAUAACAUGUCGGUGUAUUUAAAUGAUUAUGUAAAUGUUAGUCCGGCUUAUGAUAGUUUAGCUAGGUCCUAA